GCGUCCCCGGGGGUCAGCCCCCAGCCGUUAAAAUCUCCCCUCGCUGCCUCGCCGUCUGGUGGUCCCUGCGGGAGCCAACAAAGCCCACCACCCUCCCGCUAGGCGCUAGCCCACCCCUUUUAUUCUCCCUCCCUUGACGAGCAACGGAGCAGGCGCUGCAGGCACCGGCACCACCCCGGCGGCGGCGCUGCAUUAUUCCCACCUGGCCACCGUGCCCCCCCCCCCCCCCCCCCCCCCCCGCAUUGCGUGCUAGGUGUCGUCACGCCUGCUGCUCGUCUGUGUGUUGGGAGCCUGGGUCCACGGUGUGCAAAAAUCACAACCGCAAUGGCGGUACUGGCGGAGCUGGGGACGGUGCCGGCGGCGGGCUACUCCCGCAGCGACGUCGCGGCGGCGCUGUGGCAGCAGCUCAAGUCCCCGGUGGUGGUGCCGCUGCUGCGGGUGUCGGUGGCGCUGUGCCUGGCCAUGUCCGCGAUGCUGUUCGCGGAGAAGGUGUACAUGGCCGUGGUGGUCGCCGCGUCGCGCCUGCUCGGGCGGCGGCCCGAGCGGCGGUACCGGUGGCAGCCCAUCCGCGACGGCGACGACCUCGAGGCGGCCGCCGCCUACCCCAUGGUGCUCGUCCAGAUCCCCAUGUUCAACGAGCGGGAGGUGUACAAGGUGUCGAUCGGGGCGGCGUGCGGGCUGUCGUGGCCGUCGGACCGGAUCAUCGUGCAGGUGCUGGACGACUCCACCGACCCCGUCGUCAAGGAGCUGGUUCGUGCUGAGUGCUGGCGGUGGGCGAGCAAGGGCGUGAACGUCAAGUACGAGGUCCGCGACAGCCGGCGAGGGUACAAGGCCGGCGCGCUCCGGGAAGGCAUGAAGCGCGCCUACGCCCGCGGCUGCGACCUGGUGGCCAUCUUCGACGCCGACUUCCAGCCGGAGCCGGACUUCCUGUGGCGCGCCGUGCCGUUCCUUCUCCACAACCCGGACCUCGCGCUCGUCCAGGCGCGCUGGAAGUUCGUGAACGCAGACGAAUGCCUGAUGACAAGGAUGCAGGAGAUGUCCCUGGACUACCACUUCGCAGUGGAGCAGGAAGUCGGCUCCUCCACCUACGCCUUCUUCGGCUUCAACGGAACCGCUGGCGUGUGGCGCAUAUCCGCUUUGAACGAGGCCGGAGGGUGGAAGGACAGGACCACGGUGGAGGACAUGGAUCUGGCAGUCCGAGCAAGCCUCAAAGGGUGGAAGUUUGUAUACAUCGGUGACCUCAUGGUGAAAAGCGAGCUCCCGAGCACACUCAAAGCGUACAGGUACCAGCAGCACAGAUGGUCGUGUGGGCCGGCAAACUUGUUCAGGAAAACGCUGGUGGAGAUCGUCAGAAACAAGAAGGUGACGCUCUGGAAGAAAAUCCACGUCAUCUACAACUUCUUCCUCGUGCGCAAGAUCGUAGCGCACGCCGUGACGUUCGUGUUUUACUGCAUCGUGAUCCCCACGACGGUCCUGGUUCCUGAGGUUCAAGUGCCAAAGUGGGGUUCCGUCUAUAUCCCAACCGUAAUAACCCUUCUCAGUGCUGUUGCCACUCCAAGGUCAGCUCACUUAGUUGUCUUCUGGACCCUCUUCGAGAAUGUGAUGUCGCUGCAUAGAACCAAGGCCACUUUCAUCGGCCUACUGGAGGCAGGCAGGGUGAACGAGUGGGUGGUGACAGAAAAACUCGGUGAUGCUCUCAGGACCAAAGUGCCAGGCAAGAAACCCCGCAUGAGGAUAGGAGACAGGUUGCACGUUCUGGAGCUCGGUGUCGCAGCUUACCUCCUCUUCUGUGGAUGCUAUGACAUUGCGUUCGGGAACAACCGCUACUACAUAUUCUUGUUCCUCCAAUCCAUCGCUUUCUUCAUCGUCGGCAUUGGCUAUGUCGGAACAUUCGUCCCUCACUAGCUAGCUCGUAGCAGAAUCAUUCUGAGAGGCUACCCAUCCUGAUGAUGCAUGGUUGUCUUCAACCCCUUCCGGUUUCAUUUCAUGGAAAUCAGUUGGUAGAUAAGAUCGAGCAAACCUUCUCUUGUAUGUAAUGUUGUCAUGGGAAAAAAAAGAAAAUACAGUGUAAAGGCACACUGGCAGACAAGCCAUAGAUAUGAGUAGGUAUGUGUGUUGUUGAAGGAAUGUGCUGUGAUGCGCAUGGGGGGAUUGGUGAUGACAAGCAGGCCGUUUUGAGUCUCCAUGUCACCUAUGCAGAAUCAGCUGUAGAAAAAAAGGUAGCAAAUUGUGGAAGUCGAACCAAUUGUUUUGCAAACAUAAAAAAAAAAGAUGAAUGUUUGUUGGCGAGUU